GUGCUCUCCGUGCUCCGUGUGUCCUCAGUGAAUCUCUGUCACAGUAUGUGGGGGUCCUGCUUGAUGGUUUGAAAAAGCCACGAGUACCUUGUGGUGGGUUAUUAGAAAGUGUACUGAAGUGUCUAACCUAUGUCCCCUUCUUUUUCAGGAAACUGAAAAUGACUCUUCGGCUCUGCUAAGUCUAUAAUGGGAAGUGUCACAGUUCGGUAUUUCUGUUAUGGGUGCCUUUUUACAUCUGCGACCUGGACAGUUUUGCUUUUUGUUUAUUUCAACUUCAGUGAAGUGACUCAGCCGUUUAAGAAUGUGCCCGUCAAGGGGUCUGGUCCCCAUGGGCCAUUCCCCAAAAAAUUCUAUCCUCGUUUCACUAGAGGUCCAAGUAGAAUAUUAGAUCCACAGUUUAAACCAAACAAAAUUGAUGAUGUGGUAGACAAUAAAAUUCAAGAUACAGAAAAAGACCACCUGAAAUUCUCUUCAGAACUGGGUAUGAUUUUCAAUGAACGUGACCAGGAGCUGAGAGACCUGGGCUAUCAGAAGCACGCCUUUAAUAUGCUCAUUAGUAACCGCCUGGGCUACCACAGAGAUGUGCCUGACACCAGGAAUGCAGCAUGUAAAGAGAAGUCUUACCCAGCCGACCUGCCGGGAGCUAGUAUUGUUAUUUGUUUCUACAAUGAAGCUUUUUCUGCCUUGCUCCGGACUGUGCACUGUGUACUAGACCGAACGCCUGCCCACCUGCUUCAUGAAAUCAUCCUCGUGGAUGACGACAGUGACUUCGAUGAUUUAAAAGGUGAACUAGAUGAGUAUGUGCAGAAAUACCUCCCUGCAAAAAUCAAGGUAAUCAGAAAUGCAAAGCGAGAGGGAUUGAUUCGUGGAAGGAUGAUCGGAGCAGCCCACGCCACAGGAGAAGUCCUCGUGUUCCUGGACAGCCACUGCGAAGUGAAUGUGAUGUGGCUGCAGCCCCUGCUGGCCGCCAUCCUCGGGGACCCACACACGGUGGUGUGCCCCGUGAUAGACAUCAUCAGUGCUGACACGCUGGCCUACAGCUCAUCUCCUGUGGUGCGGGGCGGCUUCAACUGGGGGCUGCACUUCAAGUGGGAUCUCGUUCCACUUUCAGAGCUGGGAGGAGCUGAUGGCGCCACCGCACCAAUCAAGUCCCCUACGAUGGCCGGAGGACUAUUUGCCAUGAAUAGACAAUAUUUCAGUGAACUUGGUCAGUAUGACAGUGGCAUGGAUAUCUGGGGAGGAGAGAACCUGGAAAUAUCAUUUCGGAUCUGGAUGUGCGGUGGCAAGCUGUUUAUUAUCCCUUGCUCGAGGGUGGGACACAUCUUUCGGAAGAGGCGGCCCUAUGGCUCUCCUGAAGGCCAGGACACCAUGACGCACAACUCACUGCGCCUGGCACACGUCUGGCUGGACGAGUACAAGGAACAGUAUUUUUCCUUAAGACCUGAUCUCAAGACCAAGAGCUACGGAAACAUCAGCGAGCGUGUGGAGUUGCGGAAGAAGCUGGGCUGCCAGUCGUUCAAAUGGUACCUGGAUAACGUUUACCCAGAGAUGCAGGUCCACGGGCCCAACGCCAAGGCCCAGCAGCCUGUCUUCGUGAACAGGGGCCCCAAGCGCCCCCGAGUCCUGCAGCGUGGGCGGCUCUAUCACUUCCAGACUGACAAGUGUCUGGUGGCUCAGGGCCGCCCGAGCCAGAAGGGGGGCCUCGUGGUGCUCAAGGCCUGCGACUAUGGAGACCCGACAGCAGUCUGGGUUUAUAAUGAGGAGCAUGAAUUGGUUUUAAAUAACCUCCUGUGUCUAGACGUGUCCGAAACGCGCUCGGCAGACCCACCGCGCCUCAUGAAGUGCCAUGGCUCUGGCGGGUCGCAGCAGUGGACCUUCGGGAAAAAUAACCGGCUGUACCAGGUGUCGGUGGGGCAGUGCCUGAAAGUAGCGGAGCCCCUGGGCCACAGGGGCUCUGUUGGUAUGGCAAUCUGUGAUGGCGCCCCCUCACAGCAGUGGCAUCUGGAAGGCUAGGGCUCCCUGCAAGGGCACACCUUGUCCCCGCACAGUGCCACGGGGACUACAGAAAGACCUGCCGGGCAGGGAAGUCCUGGGCCGCUGCCUGGGUGGAGACAGCAGGGUCCUUCCGGAGCCGCUCUCUCCCAGACAGAAACCCAGAAAUCAUGUGAAUUCUGAAGAGUUUGUAGAGAGGCCAAAGCCAGGAAAUGGACAUUUCUCGAUUCAUAUUUAUUUAUGCUUCCUUUUAGUCCCCUUUACUGAUAGAAUGGUUUGAAUCUGAUCAAGAACUUGUGAUUUGCUUUCUUAGAAGACUUAACUUGACACAUUUUUCUCUAUUAUGUUCUAAAUAAAUUUAAAAACUGGUUGCCCCACAUUAAACCUCCUGAGACGUGGUACCCAAGAGGCGCCACCUGCUGUGAAUCAUUUUGAUGACCUAUGACACGAACUGCGUUUGAAAUAAAAGCUGCUUGUGAUUACUU